UCUUCUUGGGUCGGUCUUCUUGGGUCGGUCGGGAUUUUUCGCGGCAUAGUUUUGUCACUCUCCCUUGAAAUCCUGCCCCAAACACAGGGUCGAGUCACCUUCUCCUUCAUCUUCUCCUUUUGUUACUCACAGAUUUGCCAUGGCUGAACAAAACACGGAGGCUCCGGCCGCACCCCCGGCGGGAGAGUCGGUCAAGGCUCAAGUCCCACAGAUCGUCCUUCAACGGGUGGGAGAUCCCAAGAGUCUCGAGGGUGUUAGUGAUGACGAGCUCAAGGCUAUUUUGAAAGAAUACUAUGAUCGUUGGGUCAACACUGAGAACACCUUGUACGACAUCCAAUAUGGAGUCCGUCUCAAUGACAUGCAGAUUCAAGAACUGGAGAUGGAAUUGUCCGACAUGAGGGGAAAGUUCAUUCUCCCCAAGUUGAAGAAGGUCCACAACUUCAAGCUCAUGGGCGGAGAUGAAUAACUUGGAUGUGCCAGGUCUCACCUCCCUUAGUUUCACCAUCAAGGGCCAUCCCCCCCAUCGUCAUCAUUAUUAUCAUCACCAUGGAAUUUAGCUCUUCCUCCUUAUCAUGUGCACCCAUCGUAAAACACUGGAGACACUUCUCAACAGCUCCUAAUGAAUUGGAUCGAAGCAAUCAGCGUGCGCGAACAACAACAACAACAACAUCAUCAACAACAACAGUUUGUGAUAUUCCCCUAAAAACAGCAACAGCAACAACAUCCCCCGCCAUCUCAACUGUUCAUUGAUUUCAAAAAGUGGCAUUUACUGUCAUGGUCCUUGGAACAAUUACUUAAACAUUGCCCCACAACUACCACAAUGCUUCUACUACUUCUAUACUACUACUACUACUACUACUACUACUCCCUGCCCAUUGGCCUUCGUACCUGGGCUACACACGUGCGUGCAAGAUCAUUUCCGUUUCCCUUGUUCGCACACGAGGUUCAGCUCCUACACUCUUGAUCCCAAGAAUGAUUUUUGUCUGUGAGAAGGAAUGUUAUGAAUAGAGACUAGUAAGAAUACAAAACUUUUCGAAUCAG